GUCACCUCCAGCGCUCUUGUGUACGACUGCAAGCCCGGUUUCGACAAGCCGAUUCCGAGUCACUUUCCGCUCAAGAACCGUCGCCCUCAGCUGCCUUCUCCUUCCUUGCCUCACACAGUCGCCCCGACCUCGCGAAACCAUAGGCAAACAACACGCGAUUGCCCCACUCAGAUCGCCCUUCGCCGCUCGUACAAUCAUCCUUCACAACUCAAGCGGCGCGCGCCCCAGGAUUCACGCUCGCUGAAGCCUCCACGAAUCUUCCAUCUUAGCUAUGAGUAACGCCGACUUUCUCGGCCGGGCCAUCGAGACGGUCAAAAAGGCAAUUGAGACGGACACGGCAGGAGAAUAUGAGAAGGCAUAUCAGCUGUACUACAGCGCUCUUGAGCUUUUCAUGCUCGCUCUCAAAUGGGAGAAGAACCAGAAGUCCAAGGACAUGAUCCGCGGCAAGGUGGCCGAGUACAUGGAGCGCGCAGAGAAGCUCAAGCAGCAUCUGAAUCAAAAUGACGCCUCGAAUCGCAAGAAGCCAGCAGCUAUGGGAUCCAAUGGCAAAUCAGCAGGCGGAAGUGGAAAAGGCGGAGGUGACGAGGAUGAGGGCGAACAAGACGCCGACUCCAAAAAGCUCCGCGGUGCGCUCGCAGGCGCCAUUCUUUCCGAGAAGCCCAAUAUUCGAUGGGAAGACGUAGCAGGUCUGGAGAUGGCGAAAGAAGCACUCAAGGAAGCUGUCAUAUUACCCAUCAAGUUUCCGCAUCUGUUUACUGGGAAGCGACAACCAUGGAAGGGCAUAUUACUCUAUGGGCCCCCUGGUACGGGUAAGAGUUACCUGGCAAAAGCGGUCGCUACCGAGGCGAAUAGCACAUUCUUUAGUGUCUCCAGUUCCGAUCUCGUCAGCAAGUGGAUGGGUGAAUCAGAACGACUCGUAAAACAACUCUUUGGCAUGGCUCGCGAGAACAAGCCUUCGAUUAUCUUUAUCGAUGAAAUUGACGCCCUCUGCGGACCUCGAGGUGAAGGAGAGUCGGAAGCAUCGCGACGUAUCAAGACGGAACUGCUAGUGCAGAUGGACGGUGUAGGCAAGGAUUCCAAGGGCGUGCUCAUUCUCGGCGCAACCAAUAUCCCCUGGCAACUCGACUCUGCCAUUCGACGACGAUUCCAGCGCCGAGUCCAUAUUUCACUGCCAGACACCCCUGCCAGGAUGAGGAUGUUUGAGCUCGCAGUCGGUAAUACGCCUUGCGAGCUGAAUCAAGCCGAUUACAAGAAGCUGGCGGAGCUCAGCGAAGGGUAUUCUGGAUCUGAUAUUUCCAUUGCAGUACAAGACGCGCUCAUGCAGCCUAUACGACUGAUCCAGACGGCGACACACUACAAGCCUGUCCAGGUAGACGGUCAAACAAAGUGGACACCGUGCUCACCUGGCGACCCACAAGCGGAGGAGAAGUCAUGGACAGACCUGGAUGGCGAUCAAUUGCUUGAGCCGCCUCUCAAGGUCAAGGAUUUUGUCAAGGCAAUCAAGGCUUCAAGACCGACUGUUAGUGGCGAGGAUUUGAAGCGCAGCGCCGAGUGGACAAAGGAGUUUGGUAGUGAGGGCGCGUAGCUGGGCUGUUGUUGUCUAAAGACGGUGCUAUAUACUUUCGAGGCGCUUUUGGUGUUUAUAUCCCCUUCUAGCAUAGCGAUUCCAGGCCGUAGAUGGACCGGCCGGCGUUGAUGCUUCAAAUACACGAUCAACUUGAGCUGUUCUUCCUUGACUAUUUUGCCAACUACAUUUAUCCUAAUCCAGCCUCGUUUUGAUAGUCG